AUGAAAGCUGGUUAUACUACUGUAGUAAAUAAAAUAGAAAAAAAAAUAAGUAAAAAAAAUGAAAGAUAUUCAAACACGACAAAUUUCUUUUUUAAGAAAAAAAAUGGUAAAAAUAAUUUUUUUACAGAACGUUUUAAACCAAAAAUUAAUGAAAAAAAAGGAAAAAAUAUUUGUAACCUUAAUUCACAAAAUAAUAAAGAUAAUUCACAAGAAAUAAUUAAUAGGUCUAAAAGAGCUAAUAAUGAUGUAAAUCAAGAAGAAAUUAACUCAAAAAGUAAGUUAAAAGAGAAAAUAAAUAAUAAAGAAAAAAAAAUAAAAAACAUAAAAUUUAAUUUUGAUAAACAAAUAAAAAAAACGGUUCCUUCUGAAUUAUAUUUUGAAGGUAACUCUAAUGAAUUACAGAACAUUUUAUAUGAGGAUCCUAUUGGAAAAUAUGAAUCAUUUCCGAAAAAUGAAAUAGACAUAAAUGAAAACCUCUUAAGUGAUAAUUAUAAUGAGAAAAAUGAAAUUGAAUCAUUAAACAAAAAAAUUAAAAAUAUAUCAGGUUCAUUCAAAUCAGAAAAUACACAUGAAUUCGAUUCUUAUGAGAAGUUUUUCGAAAUAAAUAAUAAAGCUAAAUAUGAAUUAUCGGAACAUGUAAAAACAUUAAUAAGUGAUAAAAAUGAUUUUGAUAUACAUUUUAAAAAAGAAAAAGAAAUAAUUAAUGAUAAUCAAGAAGAUGAAUAUCAGAGUUUAAAUAAAUUAAAGACAUUAUAUGAAGACACUCGUGCAUCUACUAAGUAUUUUCUAACAAAAAUGCUUAAUAGCAGAAUAUAUAUCGAAAAAAAUAUACCUCUAUAUGAUAAUAUAUUAAAUAAGAAUACUGAGUCUUUCUUUAAAAAAUUAAAUAUUUUCAACGAAGAAGAAAAAGUAGAUAGCUGUGAGCAAGGAAAUGAUUUCAUAGAUAAUAUAUGUGAAUACUUUACGUAUUUAAUGUCUUUAACGUUAAUUAGAUUAUGA